GUGGAGUAGCUUGGAGCCCUGCUCUGCACUGGGCUUGGUCAGGAACCUGGUAACAGGGUGGGGCAAGUCUUGUGAUUUGCUUUCACUUUCGCUUGGAGUCAGAGUAUCUGGUAGCCCCGGAGCAGACACAGAAGCCCCUGCUGCAGCGUGUGCCCCGUGUCCUUGGAGCAGACCACACGGUGAGACCCGAUGAGCUCACGCCAGGACGAGCCUGUGCCGCAGGAGCCGCACAAGGAAGCCGGGAGCCCUGCGUGCCCUGCCCAGCGGGUGGGCGCUGCUGGCACCGCCCACGACCCACAGAGCCGGAGCCGUCAUGUCACCGAGGUGGCGCAGCGAGUCCUGCUGCCGCUGAGCCUGUCCCUGCAGCAGCUGAGCAAUGUGCAGCAGCACAUGCUGGCAGCCAUGGAGGCCGGGCUGAGGCUCCGGAAAGGUGCCCACCCUGUGCCUAUGCUGCCCACUUUCGUGCGCUCCACGCCUGACGGCACUGAACGAGGCAGCUUCCUGGUGCUGGAGCUGCGUGAGUGUGACCUGCGGGUCCUGUGGGCAGAGCUGGCCGGGCGCCAGGAAACACAACUGAAGGAUCGGAUCUUCACUGUGCCACAGGACCUCCGCGAGGGCAAAGGGGAGAAGCUCUUUGACUUCAUGGCGAAGAGCCUGUGCCAGUUCCUGGACGAUCUCCACAUCCCAGCCACGAGCCACCAGCUGGGUGUCUGCUUCCCCUUCCCUUGCCUCAAGACAGGGCUGGAGAUGAGCGAGCUGCAGUCCUGGUCCAAGGGCUACAGCUGUAGCGGCGUGGUGGGCAGAGAUGUGGGGCAGCUGCUGCAAGCGGCCAUCCGGAAGCAGACGCGCCAUGACAUCAACGUCAUGGUCGUGGUGAACGACACCGUGGCCACCAUGAUGGGCUGCAGCUUGGGGACGAAACCCUGCGAGGUCGGCCUCGUCAUAGGUGCCGGCACCAACAGCUGCUUCAUGGAGGAGGCGCGGUACGUGGAGAGCCUGGACGACAACGAGGGGCGGAUGUGCGUGGACACGGAGUGGGGCACCUUUGGGGACACCGGGGCCAUGGCCGACAUCCUGACCACGUACGAUGAACAAGUGGACGCAAGGAGCCUGAACAAGGGGGAGCACAGGUUUGAGAAGAUGAUCAGCAGCCUGUACCUGGGCGAGAUCGCCCGGCUCCUGCUGGUGCAGCUGGCCCAAGACAAGGCUCUGCACGCCGGCGGCACCACCCCGCAGCUGCGCACCCAGGGCACGGUGACAGCUCUGGAAGUCCUCAACAUCUCGGAGGACCAGGGCGGGCUGGCCGCAGCCCAGUGCCUGCUGCAGAAGCUGGGGCUGCAGCCGAGUGACCUGGACUGCUUCACUGUGCAGCAGGUGUGCCUGGCCGUGGUCACGCGUGCCGCCUGCCUCUGUGCCACCGGCCUGGCCGCCAUCCUCACCCACAUGCGCAAGAACCGGGAGCUGCCACAGCUGGACGUCUGCGUGGGCGUGGAUGGGGACAUCUUCCAGGGACGCAAGUUCCGCCAGACGCUGGUGGAGAUGACCAAGAAGCUGGCCCCCGAGUGCACGGCCACCCUGGUGUCGGCAGUGGAGAACAGCUGUGGCUGGGGGGUGGCCCUGGUAACCGCAGUGGCCGUGCGCCUGGAGUCCCAGCGUCGCGAGGUCGACCAGCUCCUGCAACCGCUGCACCUCGCACCCGACGCCCUGCGGCAGGUCCAGGCCCUGCUGCAGCAUGAGAUGGAGCGGGGGCUGCGGCAGGAGACGCACGCCCAGGCCUCCGCCCUGUGCUGACCCAUGACCCUUGCAGAGCGCGGCGACUUCCUGGCGCUGGACCUGGGCGGCACCAACUUCCGGGUGCUGCUGGUGCAGCUGCGCAGCAGGGAGGCCGGCGGCAUCUGCAUGGUCAGCGAGAUCUACUCCAUCCCGCCCAAGGUGGCCCAGGGCCCCGGCUCCCAGCUCUUUGACCACAUCGUGGAGUGCAUCAUGGACUUCCAGACCAAGCAGGGUCUGCAGGGCCGGACCCUGCCCCUCGGCUUCACCUUCUCCUUCCCCUGCCAGCAAAAGAGCCUGGACCAGGGCAUCCUGCUGAACUGGACAAAAGGCUUCACGGCCUCGGGCUGCGAGGGCAAGGACGUGGUGGAGCUGCUGCGAGAGGCCGUGCGGCGCAAAAACCAAUUUGAUCUGGAUGUGGUUGCCAUAGUGAAUGACACCGUGGGAACCAUGAUGUCGUGUGGCUACGAUGACCCCAACUGCGAGGUCGGCCUCAUCGUGGGCACAGGGACCAACGCCUGCUACAUGGAGGAGCUGCGCAACGUGGAGGCGGUGCCGGGGGCCGAGGGCCGCAUGUGCAUCAACAUGGAGUGGGGGGCGUUCGGCGACAACGGCUGCCUGGACGAGUUCUUCACGCGCUUUGAUGGCCAAGUGGACCGGGCGUCUCUCAACCCUGGGCAGCAACGGUUUGAGAAGCUGAUCAGUGGCAUGUACUUGGGCGAGAUCGUGCGGAUGGUGCUGGUGGAGCUCGUGGAGAAGGAGCUGCUCUUCCAGGGCCGGCCGUGCCCAGCGCUGCAGACCCCGGGCAUCUUCCCCACCAAGUUCCUGUCCACCAUUGAGAGUGACGGGCUGGCCCUGCGGCAGGCGAGCGCCGUGCUGCAGAACUUGGGGCUGGCGGCGAGCGUGGAGGACGCGCUGCUGGUGCGGAAGGUGUGCCAGGUCGUGUCCCUGCGUGCCGGCCAGCUCUGUGGAGCCGCCCUGGCCGCCGUGGCGGAGAAGAUCCGGGACAACCGUGGCCUGGCCCAGCUGGCCGUGACCGUGGGAGUGGACGGGACCCUCUACAAGCUGCACCCCCACUUCUCGCAGCACGUGCAGCAGACGGUGAAGGAGCUGGCACCGCACUGCACCGUCACCUUCCUGCAGUCGGAAGACGGGUCCGGGAAGGGCGCCGCGCUCGUCGCUGCUGUCGCCUGUCGCAUUGCCCAGAGCCGCACAGCACCAGCAACUGGCCAGUAGCCCCCGGGCACCCGGUGUGGGCCCGGCCGCCAGGACUGGGCAGCGAGACAGUGGGCGCGUGGAAGGCUCUGGGACGCCCCCCCAUGGGCCACCAAUAAAUUCAAAGCCUCCUGCUGAGAGAGGCUCCAGGACCCGGUCCCUGCCAGCGCCGGGCGCUUCUGUGGGGCAGUGCAGCUCCAUCUCCCCCCCAAGGGACCCAGGCAAGGCUGGCACGCCGAGAUAGCAAUAUAUAUCCAAUUUAUUUACAGUCCUGUCCGGCAGCGCCCCAGCCCGCCCCUGCCCCUCCCUGCAGCGCUAUGUACAUAAGGCCAAGUGUAAAUACUUGAAUGCACUUGAAUACAGAAUUAAAAAACGGUCUUUACACGACA